AUGAAUGACGAACGUCUAGAGGAUUUAUCCAGAAAUGAUGACGAAAGACAACAGCAAGAUGCUUUGCUGCGAAAAGGAAAUGAUUUGUCAUGUUUUACUAUUAAACCUCAAGAGGAUCGAAACAAACCGAAAGUAAUCGCUUUCAAAUACAAAUCUCAAAAGACAACACUAUUUCGGUACGUGGACACGACGGCAGAAAACCGAUUAAAUCAUAAAAAAGUGACGGAAAAAUACAAAGAUGAUGACAGUGAAGAUUCGGCGGAACCGAGUGACGAAGAAAUUCCUUCCGAUAGCAAGAAUGAUGACAAUUGUGAGAGUAACUCAAACAGAAGAAAAGAGAAGAAAAAUAAGGCUAUGGCUUGUAGUAAACAUUUUGCUAUGCAAAUUUUUGUUCGAUAUUUUAAUCUAGAUGUGAUCCGUCGUGUUACAUUUUCUUUGUUUAUAGGUUCAGUUGUUUGUAGCCUUCGUUAA